AUGCCAUUUAUAUUCCAAUUCAUCCAAAACAUCAAACAUGAAUCAGCACGUGAAGCAUUGACGCGAGCUCAAUCGUGCGUGCGUGUCUCUUUGCCGUGGAGUCAUAUGGAGACGUGUAUCGUGGCGCAUCAGCGUCGACAGAACGUAGCGGAAGACGAGCAGGGUUUUCACAUGGGCCACAAUGUGGUGAUUGUGGGAUUAUCCGGGAGCGGAAAAUCAUGGGCUUUGAAACGUAUUGCUACUCAUGCGCUGCAACAGACCCAUAGUCGCGUGCUGUAUCUGGAUUUGGAUGAUCGAUUCCAAGGUGACAUUGAUAAUACGAGAUUCCAUUUGCUGCAACCGACGCACCAGCAACUGUUGGUGACAAUGGCAGGCUUAGAGACCUGGUUCCGGAAUCAUGACGAUACAUCGAUUCGAUGGGUCCUGGUGGAUGGAUGCACAGACAAUACUAUCCUUCACGCAUUACAGCAGUUACAGCAAAGGUGGGGAUUUGUAUCAAUCAUAGCCAGCCGAAGUCUAUCACCACCACCUACAUUACACGACUACCGAUUCGAAGUCUACAAGGAGGAUACCCACAUCUGGAUGAAACCAUGGCCAUCGGUGACACCGCCUUUCAAAAUUGCAUAA